CAGCGCAGUGCGCGCAACAGGACGCGCAGGACCGGACUUGGAGGAAUAAACGCUGCGAGGCUGCGCUCCGUCAGAUCGCUCAGAACUAACUGUAGGAAGACGUUUUUCUGUGGAAGGAAUAAGCUGUGAAAGAAAUGAAAGCGUGGAAAGUUGUGUUUGUGUACUUGUUGGUGUUGAAUGCAGCUGUGCAGCAUGUGACGUCCCUGGAAGAAGAACUCGCGGAUUCUAUUCUGGGGAACUUCCUCGACCCUCUCAAAGACUUGUUUGAUCACAAGGACGAUGGAAACACAACUGUUGCUAAAUUCUCCCUCCGCAAACCGUCCCAUCCCGACGACGACCUCUGCUACAUCACUCCUGGCAAACCGGACUCGCUGGCGGCCUGCACCUUCAACAGCACCGCCAAAACCUUCCUGGUGAUCCACGGAUGGACGCUGAGCGGCAUGUUUGAGAGCUGGGUGCCGAAGCUGGUGACGGCGCUGUACGAGAGAGAGCAGACGGCCAACGUCAUCGUGGUGGACUGGCUCAGCUCGGCUCAGAACCACUACGUGAUCGCAGCUCAGAACACCAAAGCGGUGGGCCAGGAGAUCGCUCACUUCAUCGACUGGAUCGAGGAAACCACCAACAUGCCUCUUGACAACAUCCACCUGAUUGGCUACAGCCUCGGGGCUCAUGUGGCCGGAUUCGCCGGCAGCCAUGCAACCAAUAAAGUUGGAAGGAUAACUGGUCUGGAUCCGGCCGGUCCGGACUUUGAGGGCGAACACGCUCACAGACGACUCUCUCCAGACGACGCUCACUUUGUGGACGUCCUUCACACCUUCACACGAGGCUCUCUGGGCCUCAGCAUCGGCAUCCAGCAGCCCGUCGGCCACGUGGACAUCUACCCCAACGGAGGCAGCUUCCAGCCGGGCUGUAACCUCAGAGGCGCUCUGGAGAAGAUCGCCAACUUUGGGAUAUUUGCCAUCACCGAUGCAGUGAAGUGCGAACACGAGCGCUCGAUCCACCUGUUCAUCGACUCCCUGCUGAACGAACAGGAAGCGGCCAAGGCCUACAGGUGUGGCAGCAACGACAUGUUCAACCGCGGCAUGUGUCUGAGCUGCCGCAAGAGCCGCUGCAACACGGUGGGCUACGACAUCAGCAAGGUCCGCAGGCCGCGCAACGUCCAGAUGUACACCAAGACACGAGCCUCCAUGCCCUUCAGAGUUUACCACUAUCAGCUGAAGAUCCACUUCUCCAGCAAGGUGAACAUUUCAGAGAUGGAGCCUUCGCUGACCGUCUCCCUGUUUGGAACCAAAGACGAGGCAGAAAACCUGGAGCUUAAGCUAAAGGAGAAGAUUGUGACGAAUAAGACGCAUUCAUUCCUGCUGGUGACAGAAAAAGACAUCGGCGACCUGCUGAUGCUGAAGUUUAAAUGGGAGAACACAAACGGCUGGUCUGCCUCCAACAUGCUGAAGAUGGUUUCCUCUUGGUGGUCUGGAGACUCAGACGGGGCAAACAUGGAGGUCCACAAAAUCCGAAUCAGAGCCGGCGAGACGCAAAAAAAGAUGGUGUUCUGUGUAAAAGACCCUGAUGCUCAGAACUUAACACAAGAGGUCACGUUCGUUAAAUGUAAGGACGCGUGGAGGACGAACUCCAAACAGAAAAGAAUCUCUCUGGAGAGCCACUGACGUUGAAGAAAAGACACUGUUGAACGCUCUUCUGUCCACUUCAGCACUUACCAGUUAAUUUAUACACAUUUUAUACUCCUGUAUAUUUCUUUUAAUAUACAAAACCUUUCCCAGCUUGUGUAUAUAUCCACAAAAAGCGUGUUUGUUAUUUAAAACCAUGUGUAUGUGAAUAGUGUAUCAUAUUUUGUACAAAGCUGUUUUUAUGACACGUAGCUGUAACUUCAUUGUCGUACUAAAUGGCGUCAUCUUUGGUGCACCUUUUUGUUGUUAUAAGUCGGCUCAGAGUCUCGCACACUGAGAUGUUGGAUCGGUACUGACGUCCUAUUGUGUAAAAUACCUCCAGUUAAGUUUCAUGUUUAAAGCAAACCACUGUGAAAGGUGACGUCGUGCAGAAGGCUACCUCUGGAAAAAGAGGGGGACAUAAUGUUAAAUGUGAUUUUCUUUAGGUGUUUUAGGCAAUAGGGUGCAAUGUGUUCACAUUUGUCGUGUUAUUGAUGCGUAACCGAAGCGAGCAUUCACCACUGAGGCUCUGGGCAGCGUCCGGGCUGCGGGGCCGGCAUCAGUGUGCCUUACUGUAGACAGUCGCCACAAGUAAGCUGUUGCAAGUUUUCUGAACUUCUUUUUUUUUUUUUUCACCUCCAGUGUGCAUUAAUAUUGUUGUUUUACCGAAGCAGCAGAACGCUUUAAACACUUUUGCAGACUUUUUACUGCGACGUCUCUGCAGCAGGACGUGUUACUUUGAAGCUGUCACCUCAAAGAAGUGUCAGAUGUUCAUGUGAUGAGUAUGUGAUGCUCAGCGUGAGACUGAGAGCACAGCAGUGUUUUUACUGUCGUGUUCUUUGUAAAUGCAAUUUGUUCUAUGCAUAAGACUUCUAAAAUUCUUAUUUUUUGAAGCUAAUGCUCAUUUAAUCCUAAUUACAUUUCCAGUCCUGUGAGCAAUAUGUAAACCUCAGCUCUUUAGAGAUCGGUACUGUAACCAUUGUGACUUCAUUUCUACCUACUUUUUUAAAAAGUGGAAAUGUUUUGUUUUUGCACUGAAAACGGGAAGUGACUUGUACAGUAAAUAUAUGUAAAUACCACAAUACAGGUGACAGAAUGUGUCGUGUGAAGCACUGUUGGCUCGAUAUUUUUACCUCUGGAUGAAUUUAAACUAUAAAAUGUGCUGUUCUGUAAUCCUCUGUACAUAUGUGUAAAUACGUUCCUGUACUGUGUAAAUUCUUUAAUAAACCAAACCUGCGAUCUGA